AUGUCAGACGGUUUUCAACUGUAUUCUCAAGUUCGUCGCACCGCAUCACAUCAUGGCGGAACAGUUGCAACCAAGGCAGCUGCUUUCAAGGAGAACUACACUACUUGCGUCUCUGGGUCGGGCAGAAGAUUUCGACGCUGUUUAUAUGCUCAGCGAGACCAAUCGCAGGUACCGUUGCGGUUACAGUACCUAUCUGGCAUUUGGGACGGUUUAGAGACUGUGCAGGCUCAACUAGAGGACAUCGUGGACACUCCGGAAGGGCAAGCGGAGCACGCAGCGGUGCGUGCGGAUUUCGAAUCUCGGCUAUUCACAAUAAAAGCCAGUCUAACUUCUGCUGCUAACCCCAAUCCUCCUCCUUCUCAUUCUUCCUCCGCUCUCUCAGGUAUCAAGUUGCCUACCAUUUCUCUGCCGGAAUUUGAUGGUGAUUACAGGCAGUGGCUUGCUUUUCAUGAUACUUUUCUGGCUUUGAUCCAUUCCAACACUGAUGUUCCGGACAUUCAAAAAUUCCACUAUCUGCGUGCAGCUGUCAAAGGGAAAGCUGCGAAGUUGAUCGAGUCCAUCGGUAUAAGCUCGGAAAAUUAUGCUUUAGCUUGGCAAACAUUGGAGGGCCGUUAUUCCAACGACUAUCUGCUCAAGAAACGGCAUUUGCAGGCACUUUUCGACAUCCCAUGCAUGAAGAAAGAGUCUGCUGCAGCGUUACAUGGUUUGGUUGACGAGUUUGAACGGUACAUCAAAAUUCUUCAUCAACUAGGUGAACCCACCGGAUCAUGGAGUACUAUAUUGGAGCAUCUUUUGUGCACACGCCUGCACGACAAUACUCUUCGCGAAUGGGAAAAUUAUGCGUCAACAGCGGAGAAUCCGGAUUACACCUGCCUAAUCGAUUUUCUGCAAAGAAGGACGCGAGUUUUGGAAUCAAUUUCUGUGAAUCAUCAUCACGACUCGAAUCCUACUCCCAAGACCUCUGCUAGUGUGCCAAAGCGGCAAUUCCAGUCACAAUUUCGGCUGUCUUCCUGUGCAUCUACCGCCGCGUCGUUUGAUUCCAAAUCCGUAGACAAUUGUGCAGUUUGCAGUCAACCCCACAUGGUGAUUAGGUGCCCGAAGUUCAACCAGUUCACUUCCAAAGAGCGACAGCCCAUAGUCAUAGUCCAAGCGUCUAUGUUUCUGAAAACCGGGCACAUGGUUCGCUAUUGUUCGUCUAAUUUCAGCUGUCGUAAAUGCAAUCGUCGUCAUCAUACGCUACUUUAUUCCGGACAAAGUGAGGGAUCGCAGCGGACCAAAGAAAAUGUUGCAUCUAGUUCUGUUUCUACCGUUACGAAGAAUUCGCAACUGGUGAUCGAUGCUUAUGGUCAAGCACAUUUAGCUCCUGCCCUACUGGACAGCGCUUCACAACCGAAUCUCAUCACCGAGCGAAUGGCUCAAAUUCUUCGACUACGUAGAGAACGUGUCAACGUCAUCAUGCAGGGUGCUGGUAAGCUUUCUAAGCCGGUUUGGGAGUCGGUAUUCACGGAAAUCCACUCGAGACGGGACGAUUUUUCAUGCGGUGUAAAUUUCUUGGUAAUGGACAAAGUUACGGCGAAUCUGCCUCCUCGAGAUGUUCCCACAACUGGAUGGAAAGUUCUCAAAGGUUUGUUUCUGGCAGAUCCGUCAUUCAACGUGAGCCAACCAAUCGACAUGGUUCUAGGGGCAAGACAUUUCUAUUCAUUCUUUCCCAGUACUGCGCGUAUCCAGUUGAACGAAAAUUUACCUCUUCUAGUCGACAGUGUUUUCGGAUGGAUCAUCGUUGGCUCUGUCAGCUCAGCUGAUUCUCAACCAGGUCCCUCGUCUACAGUCUGCAGCAUUGUAUCAGUUUCAGCAACUACCCUGGAAGACAGCAUCGAACGAUUCUGGAGGACCGAAGAGUUAACCACCAAGAAAAAUUAUUCUGCCGCUCAUGUCCGUUUCCCCAAGAAGCCUGAUUUUGGAGUAAUGCUCGGUGAGUCAAAAUCCGGUGCUCUACGGCGGUUCGAACUACUAGAAAGACGAUUGGAACGGAAUCUGCAACUCAAAGAUGACUAUCAUCAGUUCAUGCGAGAGUAUCUCUCCCUUGGCCACAUGAAGCUGGUCCAAGCGGACGACGAUCGUGACUCUCGGACGUAUUAUUCACCGCACCACUCCAUAAUUAAGGAAGCACAGACAGUCGAGAACCAUCUGCCUGCGCAUCGAGCUUAG